AUGAGUCUUCGGCUCUUCCUCCUCCUCCUCCGGGACCCGCUCUCCGCCUCCCGCUCCAACGCCCGGAUGAUCUGAGCCGCGAGGGCGCCGAGAGCCGGGGGCCCGGACGCAGCCCGGCUCCUCCCCUCCUCCGCCCCCUCCCCCGGCCUGACCUGGCCGGCAGCCGCCGCGGUGACCCCCUUCCAGCCCCCUCCCCGGGCGCCGUCGCCGCCGCUGCCUUGGCCGACCAGGGACCUGCCCGCCCGCGGCUGCUCCGGACCUAGAAUAUCAAGACAUAAUGGGAGCAUUUUUAGACAAGCCAAAGAUGGAAAAACAUAACGCCCAGGGGCAGGGUAAUGGGUUGCGGUAUGGGCUAAGCAGCAUGCAAGGUUGGCGAGUUGAAAUGGAGGAUGCACAUACGGCUGUGAUCGGUUUGCCAAGUGGACUUGAAACAUGGUCGUUCUUUGCUGUGUAUGAUGGGCAUGCUGGUUCUCAGGUUGCCAAAUACUGCUGUGAGCAUUUGUUAGAUCACAUCACCAAUAACCAGGAUUUUAAAGGGUCUGCAGGAGCACCUUCUGUGGAAAAUGUAAAGAAUGGAAUCAGAACAGGUUUUCUGGAGAUUGAUGAACACAUGAGAGUUAUGUCAGAGAAGAAACAUGGUGCAGAUAGAAGUGGGUCAACAGCUGUGGGUGUCUUAAUUUCUCCUCAACAUACUUAUUUCAUUAACUGUGGAGACUCGAGAGGUUUACUUUGUAGAAACAGGAAAGUUCACUUCUUCACACAAGAUCACAAACCAAGUAAUCCACUGGAAAAAGAACGAAUUCAGAAUGCAGGUGGUUCUGUCAUGAUUCAGCGUGUGAAUGGCUCUCUGGCUGUAUCGAGGGCUCUCGGGGACUUUGAUUACAAAUGUGUCCACGGAAAAGGUCCUACAGAGCAGCUUGUCUCACCAGAGCCUGAAGUCCAUGAUAUUGAAAGAUCUGAAGAAGAUGAUCAGUUCAUUAUCCUUGCAUGUGAUGGUAUUUGGGAUGUUAUGGGAAAUGAAGAGCUCUGUGAUUUUGUAAGAUCCAGACUUGAAGUCACUGAUGACCUUGAGAAAGUUUGCAAUGAAGUAGUCGACACCUGUUUGUAUAAGGGAAGUCGAGACAACAUGAGUGUGAUAUUGAUCUGUUUUCCAAAUGCACCCAAAGUAUCACCAGAAGCAGUGAAGAAGGAGGCAGAAUUGGACAAGUACCUGGAAAGCAGAGUAGAAGAAAUCAUAAAGAAGCAGGGGGAAGGCGUCCCUGACUUAGUCCAUGUGAUGCGCACAUUAGCAAGUGAGAACAUCCCCAGCCUCCCACCAGGGGGUGAAUUGGCAAGCAAGCGGAAUGUAAUUGAAGCCGUUUACAAUAGACUGAAUCCUUACAAAAAUGAUGACACUGACUCUACAUCAACUGAUGACAUGUGGUAAAACUGCUCAUUUAGCCAUGGAGUUUACCUUCACCUCCAAAGGAGAAUACAGCUCAUCUUCCUUGAACCUUUUAAGCAUCCAUCCUCAACUUUAAAGAAGGACGUAUGACGUGGGUGAGAAUGGAUCACACCAGAGAACUCAGCAGUACAACAGCUAGCCCAGGACUGAUUUUUUUUUUUUUUUUUGUAAAUUUGAGACUUAUGUAAACGUGAUUUCAAACCAUAAUUCAUGUUGUAAAUCAGACUCCAGCAAUUUUUGUUGUAUGAUUUUGUUUUUUGUAAAGUAUAAUUGUCCUUGUACAAAAUGCUCAUAUUUAAUUAUGAACUGCUUUAAAUCACUAUCAAAGUUGCAAAAAAUGUUUGGCUUGUUGUGUGCUGCAACAGAUAUAUAGUUCUUUCGAGUCAUGUUGUGUUUGGACUUGGGGUCGGGACAGGGAGAGCAGCAGCCAUGUCAGCUAGAUGCUCAAAUGUGCACCCGAUUAUGGAGAAGAAUUCCAAAAUCCUACAAAGCCGAACAUCCAGGGAGUUAACCGAAAACUGUCUUGGCAGUGGGGUUGGCACUGUUGAUAAGCUGGUCCCUUCAUUUAACUGUUUUUUAGGUUCUCACCUUGUUGCCAGGAGUAUUGCAGGUAAUACAGUAUAUUCAUAAGAAUAUCAAUCUUGGGGCUAAAAUGCCUUGAUUCUUUGCACCUCUUUUAAAAGUCCUUACGUUGAAUUACUAAUUGAUAAGCAGCAGCUUCCUACACCUAACCGGAGACUGCCACGUUUUUGCUCUCAUGAUUGGCUGGGCCUGCUGCUGUUCCUGGUAAGGUAUUCUGAAUUCCAUUUUAUCAAUAAAGCUUGAUUUAACAAACAA